CACUGCAACCUCCACUUCCCGGGUUCAAGCGAUUCUCCCGCCUCAGCAUCCCGGGAAGCUGGGAUUACAGGCACCUUACAGGCCUCUCAAAGGUCUUGGGACUGCAGGCAAGAGCCCCCGCGCGGCCUCCUUCACUUUCAUUUGAACUCUCUUUACCAAGAACUGUGCUAAGUGUCCUACCUUUCUUCUUUCGUUAUCGCAACGACCCUAUGGUGCACUGCUAUCCUAUUUUACCGACGAGAAAACCGGCCAGCGCAGCCCAUAACCGGCUCCUAACCCUAGGGCUCAGUCCCGAAGUCUCGCGCUCACUCAGAGCGCAACCCCGGGCCGUCUCCUAGGAAACCGGGCUCGCCACACCCCCUUGGUCGGACUCUACUUCCGCUUCUGCGCGCUGAGGCUCCGGCGGACCGCUGGCUGACAUGGCUGCUUCCCGCUUAUCCCCAGCGACGCUAACGUUAAAACAGUUCAUAAGAAGGCAACAAGUUCUUCUCCUCUACAGAAGGAUUUUGCAAACAAUUCGGCAAGUUCCAAAUGAUUCUGAUCGCAAAUACCUGAAGGAUUGGGCAAGGGAAGAAUUCAAAAGAAACAAAAGUGCCACCGAAGAGGAUACAAUCCGGAUGAUGAUUACUCAAGGCAAUAUGCAGCUCAAGGAGUUAGAAAAAUCACUUGCUUUAGCAAAAUCUUAACUAUAGCAUUAUUCUGAAGGAUUUUCAAAGUCUCCAUGUGUUUCGUUGCAUUUAGGAUUAACAAUGGACAACACAAAGCCCAGUCUUUCUAUUUGUAUGUACAGUAUUUGGUGAUAGACAGCAAAGGAAAACACAUCAAAACAGUUGCCUUAACACUGAAAAACAUACCCUGCAUUUUGAAAAUGUUUAUGGAUGUCUCAGCAGUUUUUAAAA